UUGGGCCCAAACUAUUUUUCUCAAAAAGUACCACUAUGUUGCUAUUUAUAGAUCAUAUAAAUGAAUAUUGAGGAAAUCGUAAAUUAAUAUUUAAAUUCGUUUUUCUCAAAAUGAAACUAAGAAAAAGAACGAAUUUUCUCUUUGAUUAAGAUAACCUAUUUUGAAAUCAGAUACGAACUAAUGUUUAUGUUGCAUGUUCUUAAAUUCUUUCAAUAUUAAUAAAAUUUUAUCAGUUGAAUGAUUAUUGAAAAUGUCAAAUUUCAAAAGACUCAAUACCAAAAUUUACCAAAAAAUAGAUAGUGUUACUGAAGACACUAUUUAUUGGAAAAAAUUAGGGGAUCCAGUACUAGUGAAGGAAUUUGGACAAAUUGAUUAUAUAGAUUUUUCUCCAAUAGAACCUUACCAUUUUGCAGUAACAUGCUCUGUGCGUGUUCAGGUUUAUAAUCCCAUCACAAAAUUAGUUGUUAAAAAUUUAUCAAGAUUCAGAGAAAAUGCUUAUGGAGCCACAUUCAAAUCAGAUGGAAAACUCAUAUGUGCAGGUGGUGAAGAAGGUGUAGUUAAAUUAUUUGAUGUUUCAUCUAAAAGCCUUAUGAGGUUAUUCAAGGGUCAUACAGCAGCAGUCCACAGAAAUUAUUUUAUCCCAGGCAAGCCCCAAAUUAUUUCUUGCUCAGAUGACAAAACUGUAAAACUCUGGGACAUCCCAACAGAAAAAGAAAUAAUCUCAUUUUCAGAACAUGCUGAUUAUAUACGAGCAGGUUGUAUUAACCCAACUCUACCAAAUAUUUUCAUUUCUGGAGGCUAUGAUAAUAAAAUUAACAUGUAUGAUUUGAGAACUAAAGAAGUUGCUCUGUCAUUAGAUCAUGGAGCCCCCGUAGAAGCUCUGUUGUUCCUCCCAGGAGGAGGUAUAUUUCUUUCUGCUGGAGGAAAUGACAUCAAAGUAUGGGACUCUUUUGCUGGGGGAAGAUUUUUAGGCAAUAUAUCUGAACACCACAAAACUGUAACCUGUCUUCAGAUGGCUUCAGACAAUAAAAGGAUACUUUCUGGAAGCUUAGAUCGACAUGUUAAAGUAUACGAUUUGAACUUCAAAGUAGUACACACUUUGAAUUAUACAAACAGUGUUUUGAGCUUAGGUAUUUCUAAAAAUGAUGAUACUCUAGUUACUGGUUUGGUAGAUGGAGUAGUUUGUAUCCAUAGAAGAAGCGAAGAAAAAGUUGAAAGAAAGGUUCCUUCAGAGUAUAAGAAUGAAGAGUUGAAUAUGCAGAUAGAUUCUUUUAUCCCAGAAGUUCAGCAGGAAAAAGAAUCAAAAUAUGACAAAUACUUGAGAAAAUUUCAGUUUACUAAAGCCUUAGAUAGCGUUUUUUUACAGUAUGUUGCUCGAAAAACUCCUGAAAAAACAGUUGCAGUAUUAGAGGAAUUGAUGAAUAGAAAAGCACUGCACAAAGCUCUAAAUGGAAAGGACGAUGAUUUUGUGAAGAGGUUCCUGCAAUUUUCCAUAAGAGAAAUCACAAAUGAUAGGUUUUCUACUGUUAUCAAAAAGGCAUUUGAAAUUUUCCUGGAUGUAUUUGAAGAUAACAUUUCAAAAUGGCCGAUGGAAAAUAAAAGACUAUUAGAACACUUCAGAGACUUAUAUGAGCGAAUACUUGAGACAGAAGAAGCUUUUGUUCAUUUAAAUUCAGUGUUGGAUUUGCUAUGUUUUUCUGCUGGAAAACUUAAUAAUGCAGUUGAAGAAAAUAGUCUGCAUCUAUUGCCCAGUGAAGAAGCUCAGAAAAAUUUAGUUUUAAAUAUAAAUUAGUUUUAAAUAAAUUGUUAUUAUUA